CCCGGGACCGCAUAGGUGUUGCCUGCCAGCCGCGCGGAAGCGCGCGCGGCGCCGGGGCUAUUGGCUCAACAUGGCUGAUUCGGUGAGGACGCGGGGCCGUCCCGUCGGAAGACCGUCCCGUCUCUGGACGGCUCGCGUCGUCCUCUUGGCCGUUUUUCUCAGCGACGCGGGUGUCGUCAUGGCAGCGCCGGAGACGGGGCGGUGGAGCGUUACAGUCGUCAAUACCUCAAGACCUUUGCUGUUAAGAAAAUCAAUGUAUAAAGACACGGACGUUAAACUGAAAGUUGUGUCUUUUGGCUGUCCGGAGGAGGUGACAUUCGUCAUUCACUGGUAUCUAAAAUACUACCCUUGUCACAACGAAUUCAAUAACGUUGAUGAAAUGUACGAGAGAACACCAUUAAGUCGUGGGGAGAGUCUGGACCCCAACCCUCUCGGACCAGGAGAGUACAUCGAACACAAAUACAAGCCCUUCACGUGUAACAGUGGACUGCGCUCCUUUGCCAUGCUUAACAGAGCCAAGGCAGAUCCACGUCCGGUGUUUCCACCUGUCAAGGGUGCAAUGCAAGAUGACAAUUACACCAGAUGGAUAACCGAGGAGUUUGACAGUUUGAACAUUAACAUAAAGAACAGCAGCAUGAUGCUGAAAGAUGAUGUCAUUGCGACCACAUGGAAGGACGGGCCCUACCUAUUAGUUGUCAAAAUUUUGUCAGAUAAACAGGAGGCCAAUUGGAAUUUAACAGUUAAUGUGGUGAUGAAAGGCACCCAUGGCUUCAUUUCUGUCACAGAAUGGCCCCUUAUGAUUUUCUACAUGGUGAUGUGCAUCGUGUAUAUCCUGUAUGCCCUGCUGUGGUUCCUCUGGGCAGCCUGCUACUGGAAAGACCUGCUGAGGAUCCAGUUCUGGAUAGCAGGCGUCAUCUUCCUUGGCAUGGUGGAGAAGGCUGUAUUCUGCGCCGAAUAUGAGAACACCAACACCGUCGGCUCUGCCUCCCCUGGCCUGUUGAUCUUUGCAGAGUUGGUCUCUGCCCUCAAGAGGACCUUGGCUCGGCUGCUUGUCAUCAUUGUCAGUCUGGGCUAUGGCAUUGUGAAGCCUCGACUGGGGUCCGUGAUGCACAGAGUGGUGGGCCUUGGUGUCCUUUACUUUGCCUUUGCUAGUAUUGAGGGUGUCCUGAGGAUUACCGGGGGUCGGGACGAUGGCCUAGCUCUCAUUACAGUCGUAGCUCUGGCUGUGUUUGACUCCUGCUCCAUGUGGUUCAUAUUUGUCAGCCUGGCACAAACCAUCAAGACACUAAAGCUGAGAAGAAAUCCUGUCAAGUUGUCUCUUUACAGGCACUUCACAAACACGUUGAUUUUUGCUGUGAUAGCUUCCAUAGUUUUCAUGGUGUGGACAACCAAAAAAUUCCGGCUAGCAGAUUGUCAGUCUGAUUGGAUCGAGUUGUGGGUAGACGAUGCCUUCUGGAGGUUCUUGUUUUCCAUCAUACUUCUUGUCAUCAUGUUUUUAUGGAGACCAUCUGCGAACAACCAAAGGUACGCAUUCACGCCAUUGAUAGACGACUCUGAUGAUGAGGAGAUUGAGGAGUUCCUUGCCUCUUCAAAUAUAGCUGACGGUAUAAAGCUGAGGGCGACUAAGAACGAGACGAACGGCUCGGUGAAGAUGGCGGCAGCAAACCCGGAUGAAGACUUGAAGUGGGUGGAAGAUAACAUUCCUAGCUCUCUAACAGAUGUAGCUCUUCCAGUCCUGCUGGACUCCGACGAGGAAAUCAUGACUACUAAAUAUGAGAUGUCAAAAAUGGAGUGACACAGACACUUCCCUGACCCCCCCACCCCCCCGCCAGUGGAGGAUGAAGGGAGAUUCCAGCAUGGAGGUGGGCUGACGUGGUGUCCCUCACCGCCAUGCUCAGCGGGUCUUUUUCCAGGUUAUUCCGACAAGGUGGCGUUUGGGCUCCGUUGAAUCUCCCAGCUGAGACUCUCUCGUGCAGCAAAUGAACGCAGGAUGGUGCAGGUUGGUGUUAAACCAGUUCUGGAGACCACAGCUCACGCUUCCAUCCCUUCAAGAACACUCCACCCUUCCCCAGCACCUCUCACCUGACAAUGUGUGUCCCUUUGCAAACACGUCCGGCUCGCCUCUCGUUCUCCACAGAAAGGAAAAGGAGAUGAUCCCUUCCAACCAAACCGCACAGUUUUCCCGAGCCAAUCAGUCUUGAGCUUUUGUUCCCAAAGAGAGUGCUUCAUUUUUAGUUUUUCGCGCCGUACUUGUUUUGUUUUGCUCGUGUGAACUAACCACACUGGGCCUCAUCGAUCAACCGUCUCAUAUUAAUGUGAAGAUCUUCUGAGGUCACAUUGCGCCCGACAGAGUUUACCUGCUGCAGGAGACGCAAGUGAAACGCCAUUCCAUAACCGUCACGAAUGGGUUUUUGAUUGAAGAGAAUCACAUAGGAGUUACACAUUGAGAAUUGAAAUGAUCGAGUCAGGUAAACUGUUAGUUUGACGAAGCAUUUUUAUUUAUAUAAUUAUUUUUUUGUAUAUAUUGGUCUUAAUUCUUUAUCCAAGCUGAUGCUUGGUUUGGUUGAGGUGUAGGAAAAAUGGGAAGCACGGCACUGUUGCUGUAAAAGAUGACACCAAAUUAAUGUUUGACAUCACACUGGGUCUCGUUUAUAUUAGUCUUACAUACUUUGCUCAUUAGAAAUGCAAAAAAAAAAAAAAUGUGUUUGAGGAAAACAAUUGAAGAGAUGCAGACGAUGUUUUGUCCCCCGACAAGCAUCAAGACAUGAACCAUCGGACUCCUCGGCUGUUGAAAUAUUACUCUUGCACACCCCCCCCCCCCCCCCAUUUUUCUCCCCAGUUGUAUCCGGCCAAUCACCCCACUCUUCUGAGCCGUCCCGGUCGCUGCUCCACCCACUCUGCCGAUCCGGGGAGGGCUGCAGACUACCACAUGCCUCCUCCAGUACAUGUGGAGUCGCCAGCCGCUUCUUUUCACCUGACAGUGAGGAGUUUCACCAGGGGGACGUAGCGUGUGGGAGCAUCACACUGCCCCCCCCCGAACAGGCACCCCGACCGACCAGAGGAGGCGCUGCGCUAAUGCAGCGACCGGGACACAUACCCACAUCCGGCUUUCCCACCCGCAGACACGGCCAAUUGUGUCUGUAGGGACGCCCGACCAAGUCGGAGGUAACACGGGGAUUCGAACCGGCGAUCCCCGUGUUGGUAGGCAACAGAAUAGGCCGCUACGCUACCCGGAUGCCCUUGCACACUUUUUACCAUCCAACCUGUGCCUAUGCAGUGUUCUGGUAUGAGGCCUAUUCCAUGAAGAUAACGGCUCCACAUGUCUGAGUGUUGUUUCUGCAGAGAUGAGAUGGCAUCAUUUGUGUCUCGGUGCCGACUACUCAGUUUCCUCAUGGAAGGGGUGUGUGUGUGUGUGUGUGUGUGUGUGUGUGCGUGUGAGAGCGACUGAGACUGCAUGGCUGCAUAAUUUAUACAGUUUGUUUGUACUCGUGUGAAUUAAAGUGUAGCUAAACUCGCAGACUGGCGAGGAGGCGUUCGGUUGAGGCCACGGUACUCUCGUUGUGAAUCUGCUGUACUGUACAUGUGCGCUGGCGUGGGGAGUCUUCUGUACCGUCUAGAGCAAUACGUGUCCUUUGACCUAUCGUGACCCCCCCCCCCUCCCGCUCUGCGUGCCCUGUUUCACAUCUCUGUUAUUUAUUUGUGUUGAAAGUGUACUUACAGUGUGUUACGGCCUUUGCUCGGUGCUUUUCACUCUGAGCAAGUGUAAAUUAAACAUGUGCUUCCCGUUCGUUUUGUCUUGGACUCAAAACGGACUCGCGGCGUGUUACGUGAACUUAAGUCUGUGGUCUUAUUGUCUUCAGACGCGUUGUCUCGAGUGCACAUCACCUGAACGGUUUUACAGCGUAAUUAUUGAGAUUUCCUUUCGGUUUAGUAUAACCCUAUAUGCACCGUGUCAGACAAAACUGGAAUAAUUGUGCUCGAGAUGGAAAGUGUUGGGGUUUUUUUUUCCUUUAUAUAAAACUACCGCCACCUGCCUUGGACCCAGAAUAUUUGUACAGAUGGGUUUUGGCUGAUCCCUGUGAUUUUCGUGAUUCCGCGGGCCGAGAGGUGUCUGGAUUAUGUGACAUGCUUUUUCUUUUUUUCCGGGUGCUCGGCUGUAAAACCACGUUUCAAGUUUUUCAACCCAGAGCAAUAUACCUGUCCUCAGUUUCCCCCCUCAGAUUAAGACGUCCCUCCGAGACAGACGAGCCGCAUUUUUCUGAUCUAUGAGUCCGGUAAUGA